AUGGAAAUGCUGAAAACGACACACAUCUCAAAAAAGAACGGCCGAUUCCUGUUUCUGUUCACUUCAGUGCUGUCGGAAGCGUACAGCCAUGCACACUACAACAUACAAGAGUUACUCUACGAUAACAGAGAUGAAGUUCGAGCCACAUAUUGGUCAGACAUAUUGGUACUGUACAAAGCUGUGAUGACAAAAGCCGAUAAGGUAUACUCGCCCAACAAAAGCUGUCAGCGCCUAGCUCUUCUCCUCCAUUUUGCAUCGUUAUUCAGUCUAUACAAAGACGUCGCGGACGAGGAUUUCAUUGUGUCGUUGUACCAACGUGCGGAAGAAUACAUUGCCAACGAUAAGCAUCGACUGACUGAUGGCGAAUUGGAGCAAAUCAAGGAAUAUCAUGAUGCGAUUCAGACCAUUUAUCAUUUGCGUGGUGAACGACGACAAUCCAGGUGUCAAAGCGCUGUCCACGAGACAAAAGCCGGCGAUACGGAAGAGCCCAUCGACACACUGGACGCCUUCGACUUUCGAGAGGAAUUCGAUCGGCGUUUCCGGGAAAGAAAGACCCCGUCUACCGUUGAUCUUCCUGUUAUUGGACGGCCGAACAAAGAAGACGUGGUGCACAACUACCGUCGUAAAGGUCUCUUUGACAAUGUCGACUAUCGACAACCGCCGUCAGUUCAUCGCAUUGCCUCCCUUGACGAUCCCGAAAAUGUACCAAAGGCAUAUACGGCAUUUUCGUUCGACGAGCUAGACCUUGCGCCAGACCCGGAGGACAGCAGCGAGCCAAACAACAACACGCUCUCUCCGACUACUUACCUCACCAACAAGAUCAUUCGAGCGGUUUUGGCCGAAAAACCAGUGAGUCCGAUCCAGCCUCAGCAUCGACGUAUGUCAUUGAUAUUCUAA